AUGGAUUAUUCAUACAACAUUGAAGAAAUUCCAACGAAUGAUAAACCAUGCAUCGAACACGACAUUCGUCGUGCCAAACAAUUUUUACUCAAACACAGUCCUGAAUCUGGUGAUAAUUUAUAUGAUCAUUUAUCGGAACUUCUUGCUAAGAUAUUAUCGGAAAAACCAAAAAAUGCUGUUGAUUUGUUUGAAGUCUACAGCAGAAGAUUAAAAGAAGAAAGAUACAAAACUCAAACUGAUCAUUUGCGUGAUGUUUACGUACCACCUGUACAAUACGAAAAUGCUAAAAAACUUAUCGAAUUGUUUCAAGUACUAAAUAUAAUUUCAGAAACAAGAAACGAGGAAGAUCAAAUGGAAGAAGAUGAAGAGAUUGAAAAAAAGAAUGGAAUACCAAACACCAUGGAUUUAUUAUUUUAUUUCGAACAAACCGGUGUUGGUUUGCCACGAGGCGAGAUGAUUUUAUUAAAUUUAGCGAUAAGAAAACUCGCUAGUAAAGUUCCCAUCAAAAAUCUUAGAUUUUGGGGUAAGAUUCUUGGUAAUCCGAAGAAUUAUUAUGUGGUGGAAGCGGAAUUUGUGGAGGACGAAUUACAAAGAAGAUUAGAGCAAACGACACCAGUGAACGAGAUUAAAGAAGAAGAAAAAAUUGAGGAAGUUAAAGAUGAACGAGAUAUGGAAAUGAAUAAAGAAAUUUCCGAUGAAACUGAAGAGGAAACAAAAUUACAUUUGGUAUUUCCACCAUUACCAGUUAAUACGUGGAAAAUGCCGACGGAAGUGCCACCGGAACAAAUUGGAACUGGAGUAAACACCAAGGUAUAUUUCGUAUGCAAUAAUCCGGGAAUUGAUGAUUGGUACGAACUACCACCUGUGACACCACAACAAAUAAUAAUAUCACGUCAAAUUGUUCGUUAUUUUACUGGCCAUUUAAAAACAAAGAUGCAUACAUUUCCGCCAUUUCCCGGUACAGAAGAAAAUUAUCUUCGUGCAGAAAUCGCUAGAAUUAGUGCUGCGACCGAUAUUUCACCGAUCGGUUAUUAUACCUUCACCGGAUUGGACGAGGAAGAGGAAAUUGAUGAAGAAAUGGAAGAAGGAGGGACCUUGACGGAGAACGUACAUUACGAUCCAUUGCCGGUCAAGGAUCUAGUGGAUCCAUCAAUGUCGAAUUGGUGUCAUCAUACUCCAUACAUUCUGAAGCAGGGACGUACAGUUUGGUGGGAUCCUCGAGAAAAAGAGGAAGAAGUUGAAGUUGAAGAGGAGGAGGAGGAGGAGGAGGAGGAGGAAGAAGAAAAAGAUGAGGAAAAAGAUGAAGAAACUAAAAGGGGAGAUGCUAUUAAAGAAACUGGACCACCUUUAUUGUCACCAUUAUCAGAGGAUGCGAUUUUAGAAUCAGUAUUUCCAUGGACAACGAGACAAUCUUCGUUCGUUCAACUGGACACCGCAGUUGCUUUAGUGAGGUCAAAUAUUUGGCCUGGUGCAUAUGCAUUCGCCGUUGACAGACGUUUCGCCAACGUGUACAUCGGUUGGGGUCACAAGUACAACGCUUACAAUUACAAUCCACCAUCUAUGCCUCCCGUACAGGAUCAGUAUAAAAUUGGUCCGGAAAUCAUGGAGAUUCGGGAUCCGACUUUUGAGGAAGAAGAAGCUUAUCGUAUAGCACAUUUACCACCACCACCAUUAUUCAUUGGAGAAGGUGAAGAGGAAUUCGUUGAGGAAGAGGAAGAGGAAGAGGAUGACGAAGAGGAUGAAUAA